UUAUGACACAUUAGUCGAAAAUUGAUUGGUUCAAAAGACACCUUAGGGAGAGACAGGGAUAGAUUGGUGGUCUCUCCCAGGGAUAUCUUUUGAACUAAUCAAUUUUCGAGUCAAGCUCCUUGAACUUUUUUAUUAAGAAUAGCAAGAUGCAAAAUUUGGCAUCAAGCGAAGUACAAAAUUCAAAAAAAAAAAUUUUCAAAUUUGGAAAGCCCAAGUCUCUCCUCGAAAUAUCUUUUGAAUUGAUCAAUUUUCGACUCAAGUGUCUUCAUACUUUUUUAACGUAAUUGCAGUCGAUUCAAUUACAUAAUUGAUGACCUGUUUCAUAAUCUAUAAACGUUUAUUAUGCAAAAUAAAUAUGCAUUUAACAUUAAUCAGGAAUUACCCAGUGAUUACCCAGAUUUCUUAGGUAAAACUUCCUGAUUUCAUUCUUUGAAAUAUAUGAUCUAAGAAAGUGGAAUAGAAGUUCAAUCUAUUCUUGUAAUUCUAAAAAAUUAUUAAUUUCCAAAUUGAAAUUAAUACCUAACACAGUGGAUGGAAAUAAAUGAUAGAAUAUUCACGGUUAUCGAAGUUGAAGCUAAAUUUACAUAAAAUCAUUUUUAACAUAUUUAUAUUUAUAUCAGAAAUAGGCAGAUUUCAGUGGGUGAAAUCGACCUUGGUAUUCAACGUUGUUGAUUAUAAUUAGAAUGAUGCAAAACUGUCGAAAAUUACACGAUCGGUGAGCGUCUCCCCUUCCUUUGUCGUGUGAUUUUUGUAAAAGGACACUCGGGAUCGGAAGGCGAAGAGUUUUUGUUGCAUAGCUCCGCUUGAACGGAAUUAACGAUAAACGUUUUGCAGUUUCACUGAAAGAUAGAAAAAUGUGGUGAACAAGUGUAUAAAAGAGGGGAUCGUGAUGGUGUUUUGUGUCUUAUAAAAGUAGACGUCGUGACAGGUUAAUGAAGUGUAGUUUCUGUAACAGUCUCUCUCAGGCUAUCAGCUUCACGGUGUGAAAUAAUCUUCAUUUGUAUAUAUGAACAUCGGCUACGAGAAUCGUAUCAAAGCUACGCUCAUGAUGCACGACCCCAAAUUGGUACAUGGAGGAAACUACAUCAAGGAGGGUACAGACUCCGCUAAAAGCACUUGUUUGAUUUUUUCACCCAAAGAAGAAGAUUCCGUUGGAGCAUUAGGAAGAUAUCUUCAACUAUUUGCUCAACACGAGGUCAAUUUAUUGCACAUCGAAUCGAGAAGCUCGCUUCGUCGAUCGAACGUGUACGAAUUCGUGGUGGAAUGUGCGCCCGGUGGAAAUCUUGGAGCAAUGAUAGAAAAUUUACGCGAGCAGUGCAGCUAUUUCUCAAUUAUAUCUAGAAAUCAUAAAGAUAAUAUGGGAACCGUGCCAUGGUUCCCGAGAAGGAUCAGGGACCUCGACAAAUUCGCCAACCAAAUCCUCUCUUAUGGAUCUGAACUGGAUAGCGACCAUCCGGGAUUCACGGACCCCGUUUACCGACAAAGGCGCAAGUACUUUGCUGACCUAGCUUACCAUUACAAACACGGUCAACCGAUACCCAGAGUGGAGUACACUAAAGAGGAGAUCGAGACUUGGGGGGUGGUUUUCCGGAACCUGACGAAGCUUUAUCCAAAGUAUGCUUGCAAGGAGCACAAUCACGUGUUUCCUUUGCUGAUUGAAAACUGUGGCUACAGGGAAGAUAACAUCCCUCAACUGGAGGAUAUUUCAGAUUUCUUAAGAGAUUCUACAGGUUUUACGCUUCGUCCAGUGGCUGGUCUCCUUUCCUCGCGCGAUUUCCUUGCUGGCUUGGCUUUCAGAGUGUUCCAUUCCACGCAGUAUAUCAGACACAGUAGUAAACCUCUGUACACACCUGAACCUGACGUAUGCCACGAAAUACUUGGUCAUGUCCCGUUGUUUGCCGAUCCCUCGUUCGCUCAGUUCUGUCAAGUCGUAGGUCUGGCAUCCCUUGGGGCACCAGAUGAGUAUGUCGAGAAACUUGCUACGUGUUUCUGGUUCACGGUAGAAUACGGUAUUUGCCGGCAAAACGGCGAGCUGAAAGCGUACGGCGCUGGAUUACUCUCGUCUUUCGGCGAGCUGGAGUAUUGUUUGAGCGGUAAACCAGAACUGCGACCUUUUGAACCGGCUAAGACUGCGUUGCAAAAGUAUCCGAUAACUGAAUAUCAACCUGUGUAUUUCGUUGCUGAAGACUUCGAAGAUGCGAAACAGAAAAUGAUCAAAUUUUCCGAGACCAUUCCAAGGAAAUUCGGGGUCAGAUACGACCCGUACACUCAGAGCAUAAAUAUAAUAGAUAGCAAACACCAAAUCGAGGACCUCAUUUACAAUGUAAAUCAAGAAGUACAAAUUCUUAUGGAUGCUCUCAAAAAAUUAAAGCAAUAGAAAUGAAUAUUCAAUAUUUUACCAGCAGAGAAAACAUAAGUUCUUUAAUACUAAUUUAAUAAACAUUUAAUUUUUAAUUUUUUCAAUAUUUUAGUAUUCAAUUAAAAAUAAUAAAGCGAUAUUUUUAAAAGUUUCUUUUUAGCACGCUUAUGUCACGAUAUUUGAGUGUCAGUCAGAUUUUAUUUAACUCUGCGCAUGCGCAACCAAUGGGACUCCUGUGCUCUACGCAUGCGCAACCAAUAUGAUUCCUGUACUCCACGCAUGCGCAAUCAAUAUGACUCCUGUACUCCACGCAUGCGCAACCAAUAUGAUUCCUGUACUCCACGCAUGCUCAAUCCAUAUGACAAUCAAGGAGCCUGCUUUCAGUCCGGCUUGAACGCACUUCUUUCUCCUUUCGUCCUAUUGGCAUCUUAUGAAGUUAUUACUUAAAAUUUAAUAAAUAAUAAUUUUCAAUCAAAGUAGCAUUAUUAAAAAAGUUGCAAAAAUAUUUCGUUGGGUUUAGGAAUCUUUAUUUGUAACACGUAUGAAUAUUUUCUUGAAUUUCUUUUAAUCAUGUAUUCUUAUUAUUGUUAAUAUAUAACAAUUUAUUAAUUUUUACACGAUUUCACUUGGAAUGUACAUGUAUAAUCAAUAUAACAAUUAUAAAAUAUACCAAUUUCGGUCUCACAUCCACGGGUAUAGGUACGCUCAAAAAUCUAUCACUACACAUUUACAACAAAAUAUAUUAAUAUACAUAUGUAUA